AAUAGAAGAUUUUUUUUUUUUGGUAGUAUUCUCGGUAAUUUGUAACAUCCUGCGUAUCAUCCAUAACAGCCAGAGUAUCAAAGUAUUUCUCCUUUCGUUUGCCCAAACGUGGAGACGUCUCCUUAGAAACCGGCGGCCCAAACGGCUUCGACCACCUCCAAUAACGAGAGAGAACCUCUCUCUCUCUCUCUCUCUCUCUCUCUCUGUGAUUUCAGAAACCCAGAGAUCAAACAAAAUUGCAAAUGGGCUGAUCUCCAUAUUCCGGCAAAAAAAAUCCUACCAAACAUGUCUCAAAUCUCCGAUUCUCGGCUUUCUCAUCUGCCGAUCGAUCCUCAUUUCGCCUUUUCCAGCCAUAAAAAUCAAAUCCAUCUCCAUCCGCUCCUCCAAACGCCAUUGCCAUCAUCUGAGGCCUGCGAUACUUGAAUCAUCUGCUUCUUCCCAACCGUUCGAUGAUUUCCGCUUUGAAUCCGAUCCUCUAUGCUUGCAUUUCCAAAGGAACUACGGUUCUUGCCGAUCUCAGCUCCGGAGACCCUGAUCUCGAAACCCUAGCCUUCCAAUGCCUCGAAAAGAAACCCGAUUUCCACGGAUUUUACUCCCACACUAUCAGGAAUAGGAGCUACUGCUUCUUGAUCGAUGAUCCGAUCGUCUAUUUCGCCGUCGUCGAAGAAGAUUUUGGAAUGCCGCAUGUUGUUGAUUUCCUGAAGCAUCUGAAGGAUGCAUUUGCAGCGAUUUCCAAGAAAAAACGGAUCAAGAGUUUGGAUCGUUUGACCUAUCGCUGCUUUCAGGAGGAAUUCGGUCCUGUUUUCUGCCGCUCGAUGCACCUGCUGAAUCCGAUCGGUGAUCAGGAUGAGAGCACCGGAAAGAACGCCGGAUCGACGGAGGCACCGUUGCUUGGCAAUCCUAACCGGCAUGAGAGGAAGAAGAGAGUCGGGAUGGCGGAAAACAUGGUGGAUGUUGCCCUCGAUGCUAACGUGAGCCGGGAGCUUCCGGUGUUGCUGCGGAAGAACAGUUGUUGUGCCGGAAACGAUGGUGGACGGCAACAAUCUGGCAAGACUUGGAAGCGACACGUCCUGAUAGUCUUGCUCGUAGACUUGGUGAUUUGUUUGAUCUUGUUCGGCGUGUGGCUGUCGAUCUGCAAGGGGUUCCGCUGUGUCAAGCGCUGAAUCUGGAUUUCUUUGAAGAGGCUGUGGCAUCAUCAUCAUCACACGAUCGGUAAUGACCCACAGCAUUCUUGUUUGUUGUCAAUUAGUUCUUGAAUCCUUUAUAGCUCCUGAUGUGGCUACUUUGAUUAAUAGUUGUUUGGGUUCUUUGCACAGAUUUUAACCUGAAAUGCUCAUUUCAUUGCAUGUAAAUGUGAAUAGAAGGGAAAAUGAUAUGACAAACCACAGGCGUUGAAUGCUAAUCUAUUCUGUUCUAGCUUUUGUAAUUUUAUUUUUUUCUGGAAGGCAAUUCUAGCUUUUGUAAUUUCUGAUUCAUAUAUGGUGAAAUAGAAGUAUGAUCAACACAAUGCUGUUGAAGAAACAGAUCAUUUGAUAA